CUCAGAGGCUUUGCGCUUUUCAAAUCAAUCUUUUUGAGGGGAAUUUCAUUCUCUUUUCAUAGCGUUUGAUGAGGCGCUUUGGCUUACAGGCUCUUACUACGUGCGUUACAACAGGAUCCAAAAUAGAGAUCAGUCUAAUUGUGGAAGAAUGACACAGAAAAGAGUGACCAAUGAAAGUUGAAAAGGAAUGCAUUGCAUAGGAAUCCUUUGCAUGUGUGAGCGAAACGCAUCGUGCCGAGUCGUACCUAAGGGGAGACAACGAUGAGCGAGCUUCGUGGCAUAGUCGGUUCUUCUACUGGAGAAGGGGUCUGCGUUGUUCCCCGUUUCAACUCUUCCGCCUGGUCCCCGUUUCAACUCUCGCCAGAGAAGUUGAGUGAUCUGUCACGCGGUGCGGAUAAGGACGAAUUCAGAAUCUUCCUGGCUCCUGGCGAUGAAGUGGCAUUCGAUUUUUCUCAGACAAAUGGUCGUGAGGAAGUGGCAUUCGAUUUUUCUCAGACAAAUGGUCGUGCCCAGUCCGCCGAGGCAAGUGGUGGCAGUGCUGGGCAAGUGCUGAGGCAAGUGUUGCCUUCUGUGCGACAUAGUAUGCUCAUUUAG